ACGAUGCCCUGGAGACGACACAGUCCACCGACUCCCACUUUAGCGUCCGAACUCGUGAGCAGUCACACAAACUAAGCAAAAUGAUCGCCAAAUUCGUUGUCGUCUUCGCCCUAGCCCUUGCCUCCGCCAGCGCCAGCGUGCUGCCCCUGGCCGCGGCCCCAGCAGCCCUCGUGGCCCCAGCCGUGGCCCCCGCAGCGUACGCCGUGGCCCCCUACGCUAGCUCCUACUCCGCUCACUCCGUCAACCACGCAGUAGCCACCCCUGUGGUUGCCCCUGCGCCUGUGGUUGCCGCCGCCCCCGCUCCGCUGGUCGCCGCCGCUCCGGUUGUCUCUUCCCCCUACGUCGCCGCCCCCGCCUUUGCUCCAUCCCCAUACUUGUCCAGAUACGUAGCUUCCCCUUACAUCCUAUAAACGAAUUUGGUGGUAUCAUUGCCUUAGUGACUUGCUCAAUAUCUAUGUAUAUUUUGGUUAAUUAAAUAGCAACAAAUUAUUAUAAAUCUAAAUUUUGUUUUUCUUU